AUGAGGAAACCACUCAAAGAGUUUUUCAAGAAUAACAUUUUGCUUCUGGACGGCGGCCAAGGCACUGAGUUAGAGAAAAAGGGUGUUAGUAUUUCGCAUCCGUUAUGGUCAACGCUUCCGUUUAUAAUCAAAAAUAAAACACAUCUGGAAGCUAUAAAAGAAAUGUAUCGCGACUUUGCUGAAGCAGGUUCUAAUGCGUUGAUGACAAUUACCUAUCAGGCGUCUUUCAGCUCUAUGAAAAAGUACAGCGAGGGACUAGUAAACAGCGAGGAGGACUACGCAGCUUUUCUGGACUAUGUCAUUGGUUUUACUGACCGCGAAUGCAUAACUCCGGAUAAAUAUUUAGUGGGAAGUGUUGGGCCAUAUGCAGGGCUUUUAUCAAACGGAGCUGAAUACUCUGGCUACUAUGGCGAGGGUAAGAUAGAUUUCAUUGAUUAUUAUAGUCCACAGGUGAAGCACUUUGCCUUGUCGCCACGUAUUGAUUUGAUUGGAAUCGAGACGAUCCCUAAUAUUGAUGAGUUCAAGGCUUUGCUGAGCCCUGAGUUUUCACGGCUGUCUUUUUCCAAGCCAUAUUAUAUUAGUGUUACUACAGAUAACAAUGGGUGCCUGAGGGACGGAACAUCCUUAAACGAGAUAUGUCGCGCUAUCAAACAGUCUGCAUCACUUCUUCCCGAUAAUUUUGUGUUCUUUGCUAUCAACUGCGUGGAAUUCCUUCACUGUGUAGAAAUUCUGCAAUCCUUGAAUGACUGUCUUGAAAUGCAAGGUGUAGAUCGGCGCUUCCGCUUUAGGGGAGCUUACCCAAAUUCUGGGGAAAUUUACCACGGCGGCACCCACUCCUGGAGUAGCAACCCUUACGCGGGUCCCGAAGACACUUGGGAAAACUUGACUCUCGGGCUGUUGAGCCAGGAAUGCCUUAUGCUCGGCGGCUGUUGCAGAACUGGCUCUGAAGAAAUUCGUCAAAUGGCUUUGACUACAAAAAAAAACUCAACAGUUGCUGCGAUGAAAGCGUUUCCAAGUAAAGCCAGCAACAACUACCAAUCAUUUUAG